CCUAAACUCAUCAUCCUCAAAGAAACAUCUGGUUGGUCUCCGCCAGUGGAGUUUCUUGUCUCGCUGAUUCCAGGCGCCACUGGAUGAACGCAUAGAAAGAUUCAGUGUCACCUGUCGCAGACUCGAGCAGGACUGGUCUCAUCUCUGUAAUGGCAUUUCCGCCCAGGCUUAGGGUUGCUUCUCCAGCAGGACUUCGAUGACUGAGCCACGCCAUGAGAAUCCACUGCCGGACAUCUCAAGACUGCAUCGUUCCGUUCUUCACCGCUUAGCCACUUCCUGACCCGCGUUUGUGCCAGGUUAUUGCUACUAAUGAGUCCCAUGCAGAGCAGAUUUCUCAUGAAUCGUUCCUAACUCAUAACUACUUCACUCUUUUUCCAAGCCUCCGCUGCUAGGCACUCUCUUCUAGUACGCUGCUGGUCGGCCUGUGACUUCAUACUAACAACUUUAAUCACAUCUUCAAACCUAAUCCGCCCUUUACCAUGCUGUUCAGGACAACAGUGCUGGGUACACUGCUCGCCGCUAGUAAUGUGGCCGCUAUCAAGCUUGGAGAUGUCAACGCCGUACUUCGACGAGGAGAAGAUCUGGAGGAGGUGCUUCGACGGGACUCUGGAUUACUCGCCACUCUUACACAACGACAAGACGCAAAUGCUGCAGACACUGCGCCACUGGCUUCGUUAACGCCAGCCUCUGGUGAUGCAUCGAAGGCUAAUCUCCAGAAGUGGGAGGAAGAGACACGAGCAGCUUGUAUGCAAACAUUGAGCAACCUCAACGGCAAAGCUUCAAAUCCCAGUGGCAUCGCUGUUUGCUACAACGUGCCCUUCCUCGACAAUUCUACUGGAGUCUUCCAGGCCGAACUUCGAAUGUACAAUGUAUCAGCGCCCGUCGAUCCAUGGCAAAGCGUCACCGCUGCCGACGUCAGUAUGACACUUUCGUAUUUGGGCGCAACAGUACAAGCGAUGAGCAUGAACAGCACAAAGCGAGAGGUCAGUGAAGCUCAGGCUCGAGCAAGAUGGAGCGACGGCACCUUGGUCCAGCGACAGACAAUCAGCACCAUGACUGAGCUCAAGACACUCAUGUAUGUUGGCAAGAUCAACUCGAACCUCAUGGGACCAGCCAUGACCAACAAUGCUCUUCAACCGCUCCUCGUCCCUCAAAUCGACCUCGCUGCACGUAACCCUUCCACGAAUGCAGACGUUACCACGACACUAUCUAACAAAGAGGCCCGUUUUGUGAAUGGCGUCUUCGCCCAGAAGGCUGACGCGAACGCACCUUCGAACGCCGACCCCACCGCUGCCGCCGCAGCUACUUCUGCCGUGUUCCUGGCCGCUCCCUUCGUUGUACCUGGCACAGCUCUCGCCUUCUUCCCUAUCGGUUUACUUGUCACUGGGACUUGGUCUAUCUUCUUCUUCCUCUCGGUCGGACUGGGCACAUAUGGUCGCAUUCAAUUCCGCGACCAGUACAGGAGGCGCAUGGCAGCCGAGAAAGCAAGGAGUGUGCGUACGAUCUAAUGCAACCAUUUGAAAUGUUUAUCACAAGUCCUUCUCUUAUAGAUACUGUAAAUAAUACAUCAUCCUGGCGAUGCACGCGAGAACUAAAGAUCGUACCAGACCGAACGACAGACAUGGAGGUAGUCAGAUACCCGUGGGAAGCAAUACAAAUCUUGAAAACAGU